CUGGAAGAGCAGACAGUGCUCUUAAGAAAGGACCUUGUAUCCCAGGCCAGUCUUCAACUUACUAGGAAGCUAAGGAUGACCUCCCAAGUGCUGGGGUUACGGGUGUUCAUCAAAAAUCUGGGUUUAUGCGGUGCAGAGGAUCAAAGCGCAUGCUCGAUGAGCACUCUGCCAAGCAAGAUACAUUGCUAGCCCCUUUGUGUUGUUUUAAAAGGAAUAUACUGAGGAUAGAAAUGCAGCAGUUGUCUGAAGGAUGAGUGCAGGGUUCCCAAAGGAAAGACAAGGAUGGCUUUGCUGCUGAGAGAGCACUUCAACCACAGAAGCUAAGGAGACAGAGAGAAGCUAAACUUUCAGGGACUGGUAAUUUAGCAUAGCCUAAAUGAACUUAUUUGCAAAAGCAUUGUAGAAAUGCCUGCUGCGUGCCUGGCUUGGAACUCACUGCCUUUCUUCUAUGUAUUCUUCAGAUGUAUGAGCCAGGUCCGCCAUGGAGCUUUCCUAGUUGUGGGGUCUACAAUAAUUACACAUACACUGUUUUCACAAGACUAAUUCCUUCCUUUAGAUCUAGGUGCAAGUGGUAGCGCUCAGAAUGCCUCCAUGACUACACUCCCUGAAGUAGUUCCUGAAGUUCCUACAGGAAGCUAGUUACUUAUGUCACCCAGAUUAAUCUAGGUACUUCUUACUAUGACAGAUCUUAUCUGUGCUCUUGAAUGUUAUCUGCAUUCCUCACUACAAGUAAUUGCCUUAACCACCUUGUACCUCAAGUACCAGAGAUAACUAACACUGCGUAUGUCACUGAGGGGUGAGUAUUGGUUACUACUGCAAGUUCCUGGACCAUUGAUAAUGAGCAUUUAUUGGUUGAUUGACUAUGGUAACAGCCGGUCCCUGCUUUUCAAAGUGAUGGAAAGAUACAGGAGAAAAUGGACAGCAUAGCGAAUGGUGCAGUAAAUUUUGAGAAGAGCACAGAGGAAAAGAAGAAUGUCUAAACUUGGUUUGAGCAAGAACCUUGAAGCCCAUCCUAGGAAAGAAAUCCUGCAAACUGAGGCUUGAGGAAUCCAUAGGAAUUGCUCCAUAUGACAGGAAACCACCAUGAAAGUCCUAAGACAGCUUGAUCCUUUGUAGGAACUGAGAAAAGGUUUGAGUGGGAAAACUUCUCUUCCUGUACUGAUCUUGCUGAGGGAUGAUGCUACUGAGCUAUGCACAUUGGGCACCAUAUGCAAUCUCAGGCCCUAUAGGCACUAUAUCCAUUCCCUCUGAUCUCACCUUUCCUCUGCUCAGAAUUGUUAAUGUUUUUCUUCCAGUUGAAGGAAAAGCUAGCAUUUUUGAGAAAGGAAUACACCAAGACACUUGCUCGCCUUCAGAACCUAUAAAUAAAGGCUUUCCUUGUGACGCGUUACAAAGCGACCAUCUUGAUGAGGAGACUGGAGAAAACAUCUCUCAGAUACUUGAUGGUGAUCCUCAGUCCUUUAACUGUGAAAGUGGCCAAGAAGUCUUACAUACACCAAGAGCAGGUGACAUCCAAGGACAAUUUUUACAUAGCACCAGCAGCCCUGAUGGUAAGAAAGGGCAGAGUGCAUUUCCAGGGACAACAAAGAAGCUGCGGAAGAGAUCAUCUGUUUUACAGGAAAAGGACGAUUUCUUUGACACUAGUUCUCUUGUGCUCCCUGGUAGGCACCAAAAUAGACAGGAAACAGUCAGCAGCAAGGGUCCUAGGGCCCCAGAAACUGAAAAGACUCACCCUUUAAGUCUGAAGUCUCAAACUCCUGACCCUCCAGCCCUUGUCACAGAAAUCGACGGAGGGGGUAGAUUAAUUGUACUAGCUGGCAAAUCAGAAAGAGGUAUUGAUACACCUGUGAGAGGAAACAAUGUCUCUAGGGAGACUACAGUUCCUUCAUGUACUGCUUCAGACAGCAAUCAUGGUGGACACCUUGAACUUACACCUCCUAACAGUAGCUGUAAAAUUACUACUCAGGGCCCAGCUUCAUCCAUAAACCUGGUGGCACAAGACAAAAAAACGACUAUUUUUACAGAUAACCCAGCAGUAUAUAAACCUGUGAGUGCUGGCAGUCAGCUGCCAGGAAGUCCUAAUUCGUGUUCUGUAAAUGACCUCACUCACAGUAACUUGCCAGCAAAUACUACCCAAAACUCUAGAUCUUUAAAAUCUGAUAACAUUGUUGAUGGGAGAAAUGAAAAUCUUGAGGAAGAUGAAAUUCUUGGUCUAUCUGAGAACCUCAGCCCAGCAGCAGUCUCUCCUCCCUCCACAGAAAGUCAAAUACAUUCUUGUACGAUGCUUGAAGGCCUUCUGUUUCCUGCAGAGUACUAUGUUAGAACAACCCGUCAUAUGUCAGAUUGUCAGAGGAAAAUAGCUCUGGAAGCUGUAAUUCAAAGUCAUUUGGGUGUCAAGAAGAAAGAGCGUAAAAAGAAAAACAAAGCAACUAAAAAUCUAGUCCUCUCCAGUGAAGAAACUGACCAAAGUGAAAGUGGUAUGUUGGACACCAGCAUAGGACACUCAAGUUCAGAAAGCCUCUCUCAGAAACUAAUCUCACCAGUCGAGGUCAGCUCUCCUCUGGGACCUGCCAACAACAGAUCUAAGAAAGCCACUGCACGGCCACCAGGUAGAGGACACAGAAGGAAACAAACAUCAGCCUGCACCUCCACAGUGGGUCACCAUCAGCUGCUUUUCCCUCCUUGUGCCGCCCUGGCUGUUAACAGGACCAGGGGCAAAUUCACAAAGCAUAAGUGUCAGAACAGAGACGUGAUUAUUCAUGACUUUGAAUUACCCGAUGAAGACUUUGGGCCUCUUAAACUUGAGAAAUUGAAGUCCUACUCAGAAAAACUGAUUGAGUCUCCUGACUCAAAAAACUGUGGUGAGAGUCUUCCUACAGAAGGAAAGCAUGCUGUUCUGGAGGAACUGCAGAUAGAUUCGGAAACAGAGGGCUUGGAAGUGGAGCUCACUGUUCUACCAGGAGAAGCAUGCCAUCCAGGGCCAACCCUGAGAUGGCAGCCAGUGAGCAAGGGCCUUUCUUCAUCCAUAGUGCUUUUCACUCCCACAGACACCGCUGCACCUAACAACAGUGGCAGGUCUACUGCUUGCCUGUGCUCACCUGCUUUCCCCGUCUUAGGCAGGACUCCAGCUUUUGGCUCCCAAGCAACCGGUGAGAAUCUAUCUGCUGAAGCUGGACAGCCUUGCUCUACAUCCCGACCUUCUCACUUGGGAGAAACAAACAGUCUUGUUAAUAAGAAUAAACAGUGCGACAGUUCAGCCUGCUCACCAAAACUGGAUACCAGCCUGCAAGUGUCAGGUAGGCAAGGACAAGCUGCCUGUGACAGUGACUCUGGCCCCCAAGCAACACCUCUACCCAUUGAGUCAUUCACUUUCAGAGAAGAUCAGCUUUGUGGAAGUGCAUGCCUCGAGUUACAUGAACGUUCCACCGAACAGACUGAAAUUGCAGAUCUCCCUGCUUGUGACAGUUUAAACCCAGGCAACCUACAGUUGGUUUCAGAGUUAAAGAAUCCUUCCAGUUCCUGCUCUGUGGAUGUGAGCGCCAUGUGGUGGGAAAGAGCUGGUACUAAGGAGCCAUGUAUCAUAACUGCUUGUGAAGAUGUAGUUUCUCUUUGGAAACCGUUGGAUUCUAUGCAGUGGGAGAAAGUUCAUACCUGGCACUUCACAGAGGUUCCAGUAUUACAAAUAGUUCCAGUGCCUGAUGUUUACAGUCUUAUAUGUGUAGCUUUGGGAAGUUUGGAAAUCAGAGAAAUCAGGGCGUUGCUGUGCUCCUCUGGUGAUGAAUGUGAAAAGCAAGUCCUCCUGCAAUCUGGAGACAUAAAAGCUAUGCUUGGCCUGACAAAGAGGAGACUGGUUAGUAGCACUGGGACCUUUUGCAAUCAACAAAUACAAAUCAUGACAUUUGCUGAAGAUGGAAGCAGCAAAGAUGAACAGCUUUUGAUGCCUCCUGAUGAGACUAUACUGACUUUCGCUGAGGUCCACGGGAUGCAGGAAGCCCUGCUUGGUACUACCACUGUGAACAGCAUUGUGAUCUGGAAUUUAAAAACUGGCCAACUCCUGAAAAAGAUGCACAUUGAUGACUCUUACCAAACUUGUGUCUGUCACAGAGCCUAUUCGGAGAUGGGGCUCCUGUUUAUUGUCCUGAGUCAUCCUUGUGCCAAAGAGAGCCAGGCCUUUGGCAGCCCUGUGUUUCAGCUGCUGGCAAUUAACCCUAUGACAGCUCAGAGUGUGGGUGUUCUGCUGUGCUCCCUUCCUCAGGGGCAGGCUGGAAGGUUCCUGGAAGGGGAUGUGAAAGAUCAUGUCGCAGCAGCAGUCCUGACUUCUGGGACAAUUGCCAUUUGGGAUUUGCUUCUGGGUCACUGCACGGCUCUCCUCCCACCUGUCUCUGACCAGAGUUGGUCUUUGGUUAAAUGGUCAGGUACAGAUUCUCACCUGUUAGCCGGACAAAAGGAUGGAAAUAUAUUCAUAUACCGCUACUUUUAAGAGGCAAAUAGGUGUUUCCUCUUUUUUUUUUUUUUUUUUUUUGAGAAUACAAUAUCUUAAUGACACUUUAUGUGAUUACUUGAAUGUAUUUCCCACAAACUUAAUUUUAUUCUGAUGGUGGCACUACUGACUGAACGUUUGCUUAUACUUACUUUCAGGUUAAUGGUUUUAAGUCAUUCUUUGCACAUCUGCUAUUACAGCUGUACAUAUGCAGUAAAUGUUAAUAAAUAUUUAUUUUGAUACAUUC